AUGAUUUUCAAUUCCAAGCAGUAUGAUUCAUCUGAUCAUCAUCUUAAGUUCCAAUAUGAUAAGGUCGUUGUUGGCGCUCAAUAUUCUUCAACCAGCAGUAACACAAGAUCACAAACUCCCAAUGGUGUAAAUUAUUAUUCCAAUCUUAACCAAUUUACGUAUCGAGAACUUAAGUUAGCAACAGGACAUUUCGCACCAGAAUGUUUUCUUGGUGAAGGUGGAUUUGGUUCUGUGUACAAAGGUUGGAUAGGUCGAAAUGAGAGGAUUUCUUCAAGACCUAGAAUGGGGGUACCAGUUGCUGUAAAAACUUUAAACAAAGAAGGAAAUCAAGAGCACAAAGAAUGGCUGGCUGAAAUUAACCAUCUUGGUGCUCUUCAGCAUCCAAAUCUGGUUAGACUUGUUGGUUACUGCAUUGAAGAUGAAAAUAGGCUGCUUGUUUAUGAGUUCAUGCCAAAAGGAAGUUUGGAAAAUCAUCUAUUUAAGAGACGAUCUACACCCCUUACAUGGGCUAAGAGAAUGAAAAUUAUGCUUGGUGCUGCAAAAGGUCUUGCAUUUCUGCAUGAGGAAGCUGAGAAGCCAAUCAUAUAUAGAGAUUUCAAAACUUCUAAUAUCCUAUUGGAUUCGGAUUAUAAUGCAAAACUUUCUGACUUUGGGCUUGCUAAGAAUGGUCCAAUGGGAGACAAAACACAUGUCUCAGCACAAGUAAUAGGAACUCAAGGGUAUGUUGAUCCUGAAUAUGUCAUGACAGGACACCUUAGUUCCAAGAGUGAUGUAUAUAGUUUUGGUGUGGUUCUCCUGGAGAUGUUAACUGGAAGGAAAUCAAUUGAUAGGAAAAGGCCGGAAAAUGAACAAACCUUGAUUGAAUGGGUGAAACCCUUCUUAAAAAAACCUGGAGGAAGGUUCUGUGAAGUAAUGGAUCCAAGAAUGCAAGAACAAUAUUCAAAAAGAGGAGCAUACAAAGCAAUGAAGAUAGUUGCGCAUUGCAUUUACCGUGAUAAAAAAGCAAGGCCUUUAAUGAGUGAAGUUGUAAAGGAGCUCAAAACUAUCAUUGAUUACAACAAUGAUAUUCCUUCUUCACCAAUGCCAUCACCAUUAUUGUUUAAGGUCUUGCAUGAUGGUGCUUCAUCUUCUAAUUCCUCUAGACAUGUUGGUGGCGGCAGCGGUGCUAAUAAAUGCGGUCCUAAAAUUGGUUCAUCAUCUUCAGCUUCAACUCCAUCAACUCCAGCCCGAUUUAAGGAUUCACCAUUGAACUUUACUCCUCCUUUGCUUUCUCCGAAUCCUCCUUGUGGUGGAAAUCCAUUAGAUGUGGUAUGUGAUGCAUCUGAAUCUUAUCUAAACAAUUGA